AUGGAUCUUCCCAGGAGCGAACGACUUAGAAUGUUUGAUGCCGAAAAGGCGAGAGCAUUCAACGAGAUUCAAGACUACAAAAAGCUAGCCAGCGCAGGUCAAACCUUGGUGGCUGGAUUACGCCCAGGGCAGUUGGAAAUCUGUGAUGGCAAGCCAAAGGUGCCGAGUCGAGAAAACCUUGGAAAGCGCAUCAUGCUCAAGACGACAGGCCCAGCUGGAGAGUAUGAACGUGCUGCGAACGCCCAUGAACUAACAGCGACCGCCUCCGUAUUUGCAACAGCGUUGAGUAACAACGCAUCAACCAAAGAGCUACAAACCAUGGCAGAUAACUUAAGCAAACAAGGCUGUCUGGCCACGAACCCUCACGCUGCCACCGCUCUGAAGACUCUUGUCCAUUACAUGCGAACUCUACAGCUGUGCACUGCCCGAUUCCUGCCCAACAUCGAACGUCUUCGCCGAGGCUACUACGAUUUCGACGUCCAACUUUGCUGCAUCGAGCUAGCCAUCCAACUGAAGGCCGAACAGUUUGGGCAGUGUGUCGUGCGGGAAGUUGUUCGCGAGUCUUUCUUUCUUCGCUUGAAUCUCCGUCAGUGGCGUGCGGUGGCAGACAAGCUUCAUGGCAUGCUCGACCCUUCUUGGUGGUAUGGGCCGCAGGCCUCGACGAUACGUACAUCACACACCGCGAAAGCAAAAUCGCCUGCCUCAAACCAGCUCUCGAGGUCCUUCCCGCCAUUCGAUCCGUCUACGCCAAAGCCUUUCGUGAAGAUCAAGGCUAUCUGCGUUCAAACCGCACCCGUGGUUGCCACAGUUGUCGCUGAUGCCAUUCGUGAAGCUCGUGCGAUCAAAGCGAGGAAGGCGGAAAAGGCGGCAAGGAAGGCCGCUGAACAGGCAGCCAAGAAAGCUGUGAAGGAGGAGGAGGAGGUUCAACAACACACUGGAGAGGGUGCCGGUGUUGAGAAGGCGAUCAAGCGAGAAGCUGUGGAGGAGGAGGAGGAGGAGGAGGAGGAGGGAGUUCAUCAAGACACUGGAGAGGGUGCCACUGUUGAGAAGGCGAUCAAGAGAGAAGCUGUGGAGGAAGCGGAGAAGGAGGAGACAAAGAAGGUGAAGAAGUCUCCUUGA